AUGACGAUGUUAUUGCUUCUAUACUUCGGUGUGUGUCUGGUGUACGCGGGGAUCAUCCUGGCAUCUUUGGUGCACUUUUGCAUGGCGGGGGAGGCUGAGGCGGAGAAGAGUAACGAAAGAGGGUUGACGGUGGAGGAGCUGGAGAAGAUGGAGGAAGGGAAGAUGGCGGUGGUGGGCGGGAGAGAGUGUGCGGUAUGCCUGGAGGAGAUGGCAGAAGGCCGGGCGGCGCGGGUGUUGCCGGGUUGCUGCCACGCCUUCCACCGCCACUGCGUCGACGCCUGGCUCCAACUCCACCCCGUCUGCCCCAUCUUGAUCCUGGAGGUCCGUGUUUUGGAUCUGUCGAUCACGAUGUCCAUGAUGAUGGACGAACUUCUGAAGAACGACCUUAAGAAGUCAUUAAUAAAGAUCUAUCCUCGAGAUUAUCCUGAUAUGUUGGUUCGAGCAGAGAAGCAUGCUCACACGGAGGAGAUCUUCACCGAAGAUGGUACCCCUAUCCGUUCUGUUGUGGUAGGGGGCAAAAUAAGGAGUGCUUCCCAAGGUGGGAGGAGAGAAUCCAUCAACGCUCUAGAUUUUUAUUUCAGAAGAAGAAAAAUGGGGCCCCUUCUUAGAAAUGCCGACCCCAAAGCCCUUAGAGAAGGGAUUGGCAUGCCUCUCUGUCGAGGAGAUAUACAAACUAUACUCUACUGA